AUGGCUGUGAUGGGCGAUCAGCAAAGUGCCCUGGCACCUGUCACACCCCUUGCAACUUCAUCAGGUGCCACAUACCUGAGCUCUGUCAUCACAAAGCCCUAUGAAGAGGGCAAGAGAAUUCUGAAUCCAUAUCCUACCAAACUAAGUGACCCAGAGACUGUGGAAAACAUCUUGGAUCUCUUAGAUCAAAAUAAAAAUGGACAAGUUGAUUUUCAUAAAUAUCUCUUGUUGGUGUUCCAAUUGGCCAAAGCCUGCCGUUGUAAACUCGAUAACGAGUCAUGUAGAAAAAUAACCUCCCAGCAAGAAAGGGGACAGGAAGGAAACCGAGAUCAUAAUUUUCCAAGAAACACAGGCAGAUAACACAGUCAGAGGCAUGAGAGGGAAAGGCAGAACCCCUUUCCCAGUCCAUCUGUAAGACAAAGUCAGGAUGCCCAAUAUGACCAGUCAGAGAGACAAGAUAAGGACUCUCACUAUGGUUUGUCUGAGACACAGGGCCAGGAUUCUCACUACAGUCAGUCAAAGAAACAAGACAGCGACUCCUGCCAGGGUCAACCUAAGAGACAAGACAAAGAUUAUGGCUUCGAUAAGUCUAGGCGGCAAGGUCAAGACUCUAGCUCAGGUCAAAGACUGAAUCAUAAAUCUAGUGAUGGCCAGCAUAAAAUACAAAAAAAUAUCAUUGCCUUAGGUCAGUGUGAGAAACCACCUCGAGAUUCUCAUUAUGGCCAGCCUGAGAAGACAGACAGUAAAGGCCAGAGCCCUCACUACGGUCAGAUGGACAGACAGGACCAGAGUCCUCACUAUAGUCAGACAGACAGACAGGGCCAGAGCUCUCACUAUGGUCAGAUAGACAGACAGGGCCAGAGCCCUCACUAUGCAGACAGACAGGGCCAGAACCUUCAUUACAGUCAGACAGACAGACAGGGCCAGAGCUCUCACUAUGGUCAGAUAGACAGACAGGGCCAGAGCCCUCACUAUGCAGACAGACAGGGCCAGAACCUUCAUUACAGUCAGACAGACAGACAGGGCCAGAGCUCUCACUAUGGUUAGACAGACAGACAAGACCAGAGCUCUCACUAUUGUCAGAUGGACAGACAGGGCCAGAGUUCCCACUACAGCCAGUCACAGGCUGGGGAAACAGAAAUACAAGAACAAAAUAGGUGCAUCCAGAGGUCUCAGGAAACAAGAACAGGUUCUGUUGAGCGGUCAGGAAGAUCAGGAAGACUAAUUCAUCAGAUUCAAGGACAGAAAGUGAAGCAACAUCAGAGACAGGGAUUCCAACCUAAGGAAGAGCAGCAGAACAGCCACUGCAUGUGGGAGCCUAAGGAAGACAGCCAAUACCACCCACACAAACUCUUAGCACAAACUCAGCAAGAAAGGGCACCACACCACAAAGGGAGAGACUGGCAGUCAUGCAGUAGUGAGCAGGGUCAGAGACAGGCCCAGGCCAGGCAAAGUCAUGGUGAAGAACAGAGCCAUCAGGCAGCAGAAGAGCAGGUCCAUCAAAGCUGGGGUAGACACAGCCAUGAGAGACAGGAGAACCCGUGAAGAACAAAACAUCAGACAAAGGACAGACAAACCCAUAAAGAUGAGCAAAACUACCAGAGACAAGACAAGCAAACUCAUAAAGAGAUUCAAAACUACAAUAGACAAAACCAGGAAGAUGAGCACAACCACAAAAGUCAAGACAGAAAAACCCAUGAAGAUAAUCAAAGCCAUCAGCAACAAUGGGAUAGACAAAGCCCUAAGAAGAAAGAAAGGUUUCAAGGAUCUCAGGCAAGCCUAUCAAAACAGAGGCAAAAUCCACAUUAA